AUGCAAGAUUCAGAGUCUACUUGGCGUAGAAAAAAUGAUGAUGAUCAUAUGUAUCAAAAAUUUCGUCAAAACCUAGGUAUCAAUAAUCCUAUUAACCCUGGAACUCCUAGUAAUUACGGAAAGAAAAAUGAUAGGUAUGUUUCUCCAACAUUUAAAAGUGAGAAAUCUGUGUUUGGAGAUGCAACUAAUAGGUUUACUGAAGAGAAAUCUAAGAACAUAACUCCAGCGUAGAACAGAGGUAGUUAGAAAAAGACAUUUGAAACAUGCCAAUCUUAGCUGAGUUUUAAUAAUCAUUAAAACCAAUCAAAUUCUAGAAAGAAUGAUAGAGAGGAUACUUCGCAGAAUAGAAUUAUAUAAUCACCUGAGUAUGAUGCCACUUAGUUGAGGGCUAAGGGAGCAUUAAACUACAAGAAUUUUAGUCAAGUUUAGAUUGGAUUCAAUGAUCAUAAUGAAUAAGCUUAUAAAUUGCAGUUCAGUGAAAAGAAGAACCCAAUCAUGUUUAAAAUGAAAAAUAAUCAAUAAACUGAGAGGAUUCAUAGAAAUAACUAAGUAUAAUCCUAGAUUCAGAGUAAGAACAAUUCUCAAGAGAGGACAUAAGAAUUAUUUUUCGGAGGUAAAAAGAAGUAUGAGAACAAUCACUCCUAUAACAGCAGAAUGGGUGAUACACUAAAUCAUGAAAGUAAUUUAAAAGAAUAGAGAAAAAAACUUAUUUAGUAAGUUGCUACAAAGCAAAGAGACUAAAUUGCUUAAUAGUCUUCUGAAAAAGACAGAAUGAGAGUUACAUUCAAUUAAUGUGGGCCUAAUCAUGAAAGUAAGACUAUGGUAAGGAAUGAUUCUACGACAAUGGCUUGUGUUUUAGGAGCAUCUACAUCAUAAUCUAGGAUCAAUACUGUAAAGGCAACUUUUGUAAAUGAUGAAAACAAUAUAAUGAUGCCUGAGAUUAGUGACCACAUCUAUUACAAGACAGUGGAUUAAAAUUUGUUAAUCAAUGAUUGUAGUUCUAACAAUCAUCAGUUUAAAGACAAAUUUGAAAGAAUUCGAGAAUACACUAAAGAUUAUGAACCACCUGAUUGGGCAUUUUAUUCAUCUUAGUAAGAUCCAUUCUAGAGUGCAUUUAAAAAGAAAUAAGAAGCAAGAAACUAUUCUGUUGACAAGUUAUUUUAAGAAUGUAAACUAGUAAAGGAAGAAUAAGAAGUUAAUAUUAAAAAGUUAAAAAUGUAAGCAACUGACAGCGACAGUUUUGUUUAAACAUUCUUAGGUGAGACUCUUUAAUUGAGAAAUAUAAGAUAAAACAAGUCUAUUGAAGCAAGAAAAAAAUAUAUCAAAGAUUAAGUAAUGCCAUUAAGUGAAUAUCAUAUUCAAGAAUUGUAGAAAAAAUCACUCCAAAAUGAUGAAUUUGGAGAUAAAGGAGUUUACAACAUGAUUUUUUAAAAUCAAGAAUGCAGAUAAGAGCAUUAUCAAAAUUAAUAGAUUGAGACUCAAGAUUACCUUCAAAGACAAUAAGUUAAUGAUAAGAGUAAAGUAGUCUUAGAAAAGAUUAAAAACAUAAUUGAGGAUUAGAAAAAAUAAGAUGAGGGAAUGGAACGCUCAAACAGAAAAAUAUUGUUAGCUCAAUAAUUGAAAUUGGAAUAGAAUAAAAAGAAUCGUGAUUUCGAUAAAAUGAAUAGUGCUUUAAAAAAGGGAAUGGAUAAAUUUAUGAAGACAUAAUUUUUAACAUAUGAUAUUCAAAACAGAAUGAAGGAUACACAAGUUUAGCUAAAUUUUUCAUAAAAUAACUAAACUAAAAGGCUUUCAAAUAUUGUUGAGAGUAUGAAUUCACAAAAUCUAAAUAAAAGAGUGUCAUUAAAUGAGACUAGUAAUAAUAAAUCAAUGAGGCAAUUUAAUGUUAUAAAACCAGUAGCAUAAUCUUUUAAUAUACAUGAUGAGGAUAACUAAUCAAUGAUAUAGCUGUAAAAGGUUUAGUCAAACUUGUAACUUAGCAAAGGAAAUUUAUUGAAUUUUGAAAAGCAAUCUAAUCAAAGUGACUUAAAGUAAAGAAAUGAAAAUAAUUGUUUAUCAGUUGCAUCUACAGUUUCUAGUUGCGCAUAAAAUUAGUAUACAAGAGCAAAUAUAUCUUAAAAGGAAUAUGAGAUAAGAAAAAAGCAAAUACAGGCUAGAAAAAAUCAAUAAUUCAAGCCUCUGAUAGCAGACUCUAGAAGUACUCAGCUGUUAAACCAAACAAUAAAGAGAAAAUUCUGUUGA